AUGGGUUGCGGAAGCUGUGUUCUUAAUAAUAAUGGAUAUUCUUCCCCGGUUUUUUAUAUUGAGAGAGGGGUAAGGCAGGGGUGCCCACUCUCCCCAUAUCUUUUUCUAAUAGGGGCCGAAAUUUUAGGGGCAUUGAUAAGACAAUCUACAGAGAUACAAGGGAUACAGGUUGGAAAUAAAGAAAUACGAUUAAGCCAAUACGCAGAUGAUACAAUAAUAUAUUUAUCAGCUACAGAGAAAAAUCUCGUAAAUUGUUGUUCUAUCCUAACUCAUUUUGGAAAUAUAUCAGGUUUAAACAUAAACAUUGAAAAGAGUAACGUAAUACGGCUAGAUAGUAUUAAAAAUAAUAAUUUCAAAGAAAGUAAAGUUAAAUGGGUAAAAGACGCAUUCUCUUAUUUAGGAAUAAAAAUACCUGUUUCUGAUGAAUUGGACAUAUACCAUUUAAAUUUUGAUGAUAAAAUACAACAGGCUGACAAUUUACUGAAAGUCUGGAAUAUGAGAACGUUAUCAUUAGCUGGGAAGAUAACUGUCAUCAAAUCUCUAAUAAUUCCCAAAUUUGUAUAUUUAUUUAGUAUUAUUCCAAACCCACCAAAACAGUUUUUUGAUUCUCUCCAAAGUAAACUUUUUCGAUUUAUUUGGAGUAAUAAGAAAGAUCGUAUAAAAAGAAAAAUAUUGUAUAAUGAUAUUGGUGAUGGUGGUUUGAAAAUGAUUCAUACAGAAACUUUUUGUCAGGCACUGAAAAUAGCUUGGGUCAAAAGAAUUUUAGACAAAGAAAACGAAGGUAACUGGAAGACGUUAUUUUAUACAACUAUGAAUAAGAUAGGCGGUGAUUAUAUUUUACAAUGUAACUUUACAGGUAAAGACUUGGUUAAACGUAUGAAUAAUUUUUGGAAAGAUGUUUUAACUUCAUGGUCUCAUUACAGAUACUUCAACCCAGUUAAAUAUAAAGAUAUUUAUAAUCAAUCAUUGUGGAAUAACUCUUUUAUUAAAAUAGACGGUAAAACGAUAUUCUUUGAACAAUGGUUUGAAGCAGGUAUUUUAUAUGUAAAAGAUAUUAUAAAGAACAAUGGACUAUUUAAAACUUUUCAUGAACUUCAAGACGACUUUAAUCUGCCUAAGAGGUGUUAUUUGGAAUAUUAUUCAUUGAUUUCUUGUUUUAAAAAAGAAUGGAAAAAUACUUUAAGAUCAAGUGUUACAAAAGAUGAAUCUGACGAUGUAAAUAGUUUAAAGAGAUUUAUAAGUUUUGAGAAGGUAACUAAAUCCUGCUAUUUAAAGUUUAUAAAAAAACAAUGUUUAGAUAUAUCAGAAACCAAGCAGUGUGAAAAAUGGUCUGAUGAUCUAAAUGUAGAUCUAAGUCUUCUGAUCCAAUGGCAAAAUAGAUUUUUGACUACUUACUGGGUUACUUUGGAUUCAAAAAUAAGAAUGUUCCAGUAUAAGUUUAUUCACCGUCGUAUAUCAACUAAUGAGUAUUUAUUUAAGAUAGGUGUGAAGAAUUCACCAUUGUGUAAUUUUUGUAAAACUGAACCACAAACUUUGAUACACUUGUUCUGUUUAUGCCCUAUUGUUUCUAAGUUUUGGACGGAGCUAAAUACUUGGUUGAAUUUCCACAAUAUAAGUUGUCACAAAUUUUCAAAUAUUGAUAUAUGUUUUGGUGUUCCAAGUAAGUCUCAACAUCUCUCAAACACAAUCAUUUUAUUUUCAAAAUACUUCAUUUUCAGAACAAAAUGUCAAGAAGGACAACUUUCGUUAGCCUUAUUUAUAAAUGAGUUGAAAUUUGUCGAAAAUGUUGAAAAGUUUAUUGCUUUCAAAAAGGGCAAGGAGAUGCUACAUUAUAGAAAAUGGAGACCUUUUACAAAUUUUGAACCAAGUUGAGACUUGCUUUUAUUUUUUAUGUAUUUAAUGAUGUACUUUAUCUCCAUUACGAUGAAUAUUGAUGUAUCCUGAUGUACCUUGUUGUACACGAUGAAUAUUGUACAUAUAUUUUGUUUUAUUGAAGCAAUAAAGAU